AUGGCUCGAAUAUCACAAAGGAUGAAAAAGAUUUCAGAAUGUGAUUCUUCAGAGCGAAACAAAUGGACAAGCGUCUUUUUGUCCGAGAAGAUUUGUAAGUCGAAUCUUUCAUGCUCAAUUGCAUUCUUUAAGGCAGCAAGGACCGCUAGUGCUUCAGCAACUAAGGCCGAAGCGACUAGGGUCAUAACUUCUGAAUCUGCGAAUGUAAUUGUCAGCUCAGAGUUUGAAGUCAUAUACCAUCAUCCUAAACCACAGUUGAGUGAUUUCGAGUCCCAAGCACCAUCAAUGAAGCAAGAGAAUCCGGUUGAAUGUGUUUGUGCCGAUUGCCAAGAUUUAGCCUCCAAGAUAGCUUUGAGGAGAACCUCAUUAGGCGUAUACCUAAUAUCUUCAAAAAUCUCUUUGUUUCUUGCCGUCCAUAAGAACCAGAAUAUCCAGGUGAAUAGGUGA